CUCUACGACAACCGCGCGGAUGGGUCGAUCAAGGAUGCCGUCAUGGACCUCGUGGUCGGCUUCCCCGCGACCGCGUGGAAGUGGUGGCUCGACGUCAACGUGCAUUUUCCCUUGGGUAGCGCGUUGCCCGCCGCGAGCAGAGUCGCCGGGACCGCGGCGGCUGCGGGUGACCAGGGGAAGGAGGCCCGCCACGGCGCCGACAUGCAGCACAGCAUCAGCGUCGAGCCGGGCGGGCGGCUGAGCGCUGGCGCAGCGAACGCGCUUGCGGACCUCGCGGCGGCGUCGAAGCUCUACGGCCGGCGGCAGCCGGGCGGGCGCCGCAGCACGACAGCGCGGGCGCUCGCUGAGCGUGUCUGCGCGCUCGCCGUUGUCUGUUCCGCGGACGCGACCUUGGCCGCCCUCGGCUACUAG